GCGCGGAGGGCACCCGAGCUGAGCGCCGCGGCGGCAGCCCCGGCUCCGGGAGCGGGACCGGGAGCGGGACGUGCCCCGGGACGUGGCCCCGGACGGCGGCCGAGGAUGGGUUGCGUGAAGUCGAAGGAAGCUGACAUCCCAGACAAGGUGAUAAAAACGGGUCUCGGCCCCAGCCUGCAGCUGGGCCACUACGUGAAGGACCCCACGGCUGACAACAAGCACCACAAUGCCUGCAGCGCUGUGCCCCUGCCGGUGGAUGGCCCGGGGGACAGCGUGGUGCUGGCGCUCUAUGACUACGAGGCGAUGCACGCUGGGGACCUGAGCUUCAAGAAGGGAGAGCGGCUGAAGGUCCUGGAGGAGAAGGGGGAGUGGUGGCAGGCACGGUCGCUGGUGACAGGGCACGAGGGCUUCAUCCCCAGCAACUACGUGGCCCGAGCUGACUCGCUGGAGACAGAAGAGUGGUUUUUUAAGGGCAUCAGCAGGAAGGAUGCGGAGCGGCUGCUGCUUGGCCCUGGGAACAUGAUCGGAUCCUUCAUGAUACGGGACAGCGAGACCACCAAAGGCUGCUACUCCUUGUCGGUGCGGGACGGGGACGGCCUGCAGGGAGGCAGCGUGAAGCAUUACAAGAUCCGGACGCUGGAUAGCGGCGGCUUCUACAUCUCCCCACGCAGCAGCUUCGACACGCUGCAGGAGCUGGUCGAGCACUACAAGGGGCAAAGCGACGGGCUGUGCCAGAAGCUCACCUACCCCUGCUGCAUGCCCAAACCCCAGAAGCCCUGGGAGAAAGACGCGUGGGAAAUCCCUCGGGAGUCUCUGCAGCUGGAGAGGAAGCUGGGAGCCGGGCAGUUCGGAGAAGUGUGGAUGGCUACCUACAACAAGCACACCAAGGUGGCGGUGAAGACCAUGAAGCCCGGCAGCAUGUCCGUGAGCGCCUUCCUGGAGGAGGCCAACCUCAUGAAGACCCUGCAGCACGACAAGCUGGUGAAGCUGCACGCCGUCGUGACCAAGGAGGAGCCCAUCUACAUCAUCACCGAGUUCAUGGAGAAAGGGAGCUUGCUGGAUUUCCUGAAGAGCGAGGAGGGGAACAAGCAGCCGCUGCCGAAGCUGAUCGACUUCUCUGCCCAGAUUGCAGAAGGGAUGGCUUUUAUUGAGAAGAGGAACUACAUCCACAGAGACCUGAGGGCUGCCAAUAUUCUAGUGUCAGCAAUACUGGUGUGCAAGAUCGCAGACUUCGGCCUGGCCAGGAUCAUUGAAGACAACGAGUACACGGCCCGGGAAGGUGCCAAGUUUCCCAUUAAAUGGACUGCACCAGAAGCCAUCAAUUACGGAUCUUUCACUAUAAAAUCAGAUGUCUGGUCCUUUGGGAUCCUCCUGACCGAAAUCAUUACCUACGGGCGCAUCCCAUACCCAGGGAUGUCGAGCGUGGAGGUGAUCCGGGCCCUGGAGCGCGGCUACCGCAUGCCCCGCACGGAGAACUGCCCCGAGGAGCUGUACGACAUUAUGCUGAGGUGCUGGAAGACCAGACCAGAGGAUCGCCCCACCUUCGAGUACACGCAGAGUAUUUUGGAGGAUUUCUUCACUGCGACAGAGGGCCAGUAUCAGCAGCAGCCAUAACGCAGAAAGUUUGGUGGA